CUAAGCAAGCUCACUUUGGAUUCUUCAAUCUACCUCAAGACUCUACAUGCGUUAUGAUCAUUUUCACAUUCUCCUUUUUUCGUACCUGAGCGUUAUUUCUCUACUCUCUGCCUUCCCCUUCCCCCUGUUUACGUCGAGGCGAGCGCCUUCACGAUGACGUCAAAUGCGCUGGCUAAACGCCAGUCCGAAAAUGCUCUGAUGCCUCCUCCCCCGCCACCAAAACGUAUCAAACGGCCUGCCACUGUGCUGGAUGAGGAUAUCUAUACGGACGCUCUGUCGCAUAUCAUCGCUCGAGACUUCUUCCCUGGCCUGUUGGAGACGCAGGUCAAACAGGAGUAUUUAGAUGCGCUGGACUCGAAAGACAAAGAAUGGAUUGCGAGCGCAAGGAAAAAGCUACAAGAGAGCAUAGGUGGCCGGGGGAAGGGAACUGGAACACGGAAUACACCCAAUACUCCUCGUUUGACACGCCCGACAUCGACCGCCGGAGAGACACCGAUAGCCUGGGGAGGAGAGACGCCCAUGUCGGUUGCGUCGACGCCCACGACUGACACCGAAGAACGCAGAGGGACCCCCGAUGUAUCGAAUAUGAGUCUUAUUUCAUUCCAAGCGAAAUAUACAAGUGAAGACAACGAGUCAUUCAAUAAGCUGCUUGACAAGCAGAAUCUGAAACGUCGGGCGAAACAUGCCUAUUUGUGGAACAACAACAAGAUCCCUUCAGCUCGGCAGAUUGCCUACCACAAGCAAGAAGCAAAACGCAUCACUGAGCAGGGGCGGAACCCGGAUUCUGAGAAGCAAGUGGCGAUCAAGACCGACCUAGACGCACGCCCUGCCAAUCCGGAUUCCUGGAAGGUUCAGCCAGACAACUCGCUCAUGUUCAUCCCGCCUUCUAUCGAAGAUACCCAUGAAACAAUCCAACAACGGGCAGAAGCCUCGUCGCGGGCCGGGCCGAAGUGUGUGCUAUACCAGAAUACCAGGUUGCAGGCCGAGACUUCAGAUGCCCACCACGGCGAUACGGGUCCCGUGCCACCGUCGCCCUCCAUCUCCGCGAUCAAAGAUGCCAUCGCAGGACGGCCCCGCCAUACAGAUUCGGAAGCCGGGUAUACGGGAGGCGAAACACCGCGAGUGAACGGCUACGCGUUUGUCGACGAGGAUGAGCCUGAAGCAGAGCCUACAGAGCUUGAUGAGAACGAGUCAUUGGCUUUGGACCUGCGCUUGCUCGGUACGGGAGAAGACAGUACCCCGAACCCAUUCCAGAUUCCUAAAAACCGGCGGCGAGAAGAUUUACAUCAUCGGAUGGUAGAUCGGGUUGCGCGGAAUAAACGAGAAGAAAAAGCAGGCAGAGAGGACAAGACCCCCGUCCCACGGUUUCCCAGUAGUCCACGGCUAGAUCUCGGCCUUCAAUCUCCCAGGUCGCCUAGCGCAAAGACUCUGACGCCAGCGGCACAGAAGCUACUACAGCGCGUAGGCAGCACGCCUCGCCAUGCAAGAAGUUCUGGGUCCUCUGGGUUGAAGAACGUGUGGACACCCACGCCGAAGCGGGCGAGGUAAUAUUAUUCCUCAUGGGACAUAGAUUUCCAAGACUUACGAAGCGGAGCUUUACUUAUAGAUUAAUCAUUUAUUCAAGGUCCCUGAUCUAGCCAC